CAUAAUAUUGGGGGUGUCUCUGCUUUCCUCUCAYAAUUUCAAUAACCGAACCAAAGAGUAGCUCAAAAUCAUCGAAGCUAUCAAAGCUCUUAGUGAUAUCCCUGAAAGCUAUCGCACCUUAGAAGAACUAACCAGCUACACAAUCCAACAAUGUCGAUUUUUCGAACUACCAUCCUUGCUGCUUUCCUAAUUACCGCAAGCAUCGCUGCUCCGGAGGAACCUUGCUUCGAUUACACUGAGGUUUUAAAAGCCGAGUUUCCCACUUGCACCGCAAGAUCUCUUUUCAGACAGAUAAAGAUGGCCUUCCGUGAACUAAGAGAAGUCAAUGGACGAUGCAGGGGGGGAGUCAAGCAUGAAUUGAUGGCGCUGACUGGCACUACUAGCAUUGAUGAUGUCCAUAAAGCUCUGCAAGACCUGUGCAAUGAGGCACUGGCCGAGGCAACGGAGGCAGUCAACGACGAAACUUGGAAUCGCUUGCAAGAGGAACCGUACAACAUAGACCUUAACGAAUUUUUCAAUGGGUAUGGACACUUGAACCUGGAGACGGGAAACUUUCGACAAUAUCCAUCAUCUUUCGAAAAGAGGGGUGGGUCAGAACGAUUCUUGUACAUCGGAGAAGAUCCCCGAUUGAACGACCACUACGCUACCACUGAAGCGUCGUAUUUGGGUGGUGAAGGAGUGAAURAAUUCUACAACGAAGAAGCCAAAAAGUUCUUCCUGCAGGCUCCCACAUCCAACUUUGAGCAGGGCUGCAGAUCCAACACGGCCAUGUGCUGCUGGCAACGUGACCGGCAGUACCUCGACAGGAAUGGAAAUUGUGGUUUUAACGAUUGCUCCAACCAAAACCCUAUGGACAACACCGACCUCUGUUGGACCGAAGAAGAUGGGACCAUCUUUCCCUACCCCGGAGAUGAGACCGAAAACGACUUGCACUGCCAUGGAUUUGCCUGGGGGAACGACGAUGGCGGCGUCAACACAGAAGCCAAAUGGAAUAACUUGUUCUUUGUGUCAAUGUAUGAUCAUCUGUACCAGCGUGGGUACGUAGAAUCAAUCACCAACGAUCCCAAGAUUGCGGGAGACCAGGUCAUGUGUGGAUGUGUUGAGGACAUGGCCCCAGUGGCCCGUGCUGAUUGUACCGAAGCGAUCGGGCUGUUGAACUACACAUCGUACUUCGACCCCGAGAAAAAAAGGCUCGCCAUCAAACACGUUCCCGAUAGCUUCGAAUUGAAUUUCCGCAGUUGCAGGGGAUACGAUUACAUGCCGUUUUACCAACCMAAGGACUACAAGGCAAAUCAAAACGACCUAGAUUUGGAAAAUUCCAACAAUGAUCUAGCCGCCUUCGUCUUCCGCCAAUAUCUCGAGGGAAAGAUGACGGAUGACCAAGUGGAUCUAGUCGAAAAGACUAUAAUUGGAUACCGCAAUCCCAAGGUGAACGAAAACGACGAAGAGCGAGAAAAAGCAUGUGCAAACGCUUAUAAAGAACGAUUCGGAAACGACAACUAUGUAGAGCGCGAAAUCGAGAUCGCCUGAACACCAACGCAAUAUGUUUCAACACGAAAGAAGUACGAAGUACAAGGCUAAAGCAAUACAAACCRCAAAGCAAAUACAGGGUGUAGGGCUGUACUAGUCAUAUGAAUAGGAAGAGCUGGUAGGACGUUCUCGCUCUGCUAGUUUUUCCAAUCCGAGAGGAAUGCAAAAGUAUUAGAAAAUCCAUUUCAGUAGACGAGUUCUGCGCUUCUUUUCACAAAAUGUUGACGGCUGUAUCCAUUUUAUCG